GCACUUGACAGAUCCUUCUCUGUCAAACUGACAAGUGUUUCAGGUUUCAAAAAUUCCAAAAUAAAAGCCUUCUGUAAUACCUACUACAUAAAUAGGAUUUUCUAUUAUUAAUAAAACCAAAUAUAACAUAAUCUUGAAUAUUUUUGUAACAACGUUGUGUAACCUAUGUCAUCGUUGGAACAUGCAGCCCGUGUGCGUCGGCUUUAUAAGCUGAUAUUCAGAGUCCAUAGAGCUCUGCCGCCAGAGCUUCGGAUCAUGGGUGAUAACUAUGCAAGAGAUGAAUUCAAAAGGCAUAAGAAGUGUAACCCUGAGGAAGCAAAGAUAUUCCUCAACGAAUGGACGGACUAUGCAAUAACAUUAGCUAAGCAGAUGAAACCCCUACAGCAAGUGAAGAAGAAGAAAGUAGGUGAAUACCUAGACCCUCAACUUCUAGAUCACAUGACUGACGAGCAGCUAGUUCAAUUGUAUGAACUCCAUAAAGCAGCUACGGAACCCACUAGUAAAAACGACAUUGAAGAUAAGAAAUGAUUCAAGUUUAAGUAAUUUUGUUUCAGUAUCUGUAUUUAUUAAGAUAUUUCUUAUGGAUUGAGCUAAAUUUGCUUUUCAUUAGUUUGAAACCAUUAAGAACUUACUUAACUCUCAUAAGUUUUAAAUUGAUUCAGCCUUGCUUUUUUCCAACCAUGUUGAUAUUGACUUCUAGUCUAUCCGCUCGCAGUGGCAUACCAGUGUUUAGCCUCCAUCUAUUAUAAAGUUCUAAUUUUGUGUGGACAAAACACAAACCAUGGACUUAAUUUGUAACCUGGAAUCCAACCCAUACAUACUUGAGAGAUUGGUGCUUUACCCACUAGGCUACUACCCUGCAUCAUGCAUCUUUACUCAAAGCCGGGAGAGCAAAUUAAAUCCAUCGCAUAGUUGGAUCCAUAAGAAAUAGUUUAUCUUGUUAUUGCCUCCAGUUUGCUUUGUAAUACGCAUCUAAAUUACCAAGGCAGCUGCUUUCUAGCGUUAGUGUAGUCAAGCAAUUUAUGGACUAUUUGGUUGGUUUAAUAUCGGUCAGAUUCCGGAUCAUUUUAACCACUUCACUGUCCACGAUAUAGACACAAUAGUUAAACAAUCUGUGUGUAUCAUAUAUGACUCAUGAGACAGUUAAGUUAUUUAUGUGCAUUACGUACUCAUUUAUGAGCCCUGUUAAAGGCGAUGUGCAGCUGUUUUGGGAAUUUGGAUAUGACACAAUUGUAUAGCGACUUUAGCAUUGACUGUACCUAAAUAGAUUGCCGUUCUUGCUGUGAUUUGGUGAUUUAAUCGUGAAGUUGCUGUAAAUAGUAUUAUGUAGUUGAGUUUGUAUUAUUUAUAAGUAGAAUAAUAAUAGAUCAAUUUGUUCA